GAGUAAUUGCAGGUGAAACGCCUGAAGCAGCUCCUGAUGGAGACAGUGGUGGAGGACAGCGUGCGUGCUCGUGACAGCAACGGCCGCACGGCGCUGCAUUUUGCCUCGGGCACCGCCUCCUGCCAGUCUGCAGAGCUGCUCGUGGAAGCGGGGGCCGAGCUGGAAUGCAAGGACAUCGACGGUUACACACCACUACACAUGGCGGCCGGGUACGGGCGGGAGGAUACCGUCAACUACUUACUCGGCAAGGGGGCCAACCCCCUGACGGAGGACAAUCUGGGGCGGAGCCCCCGGGAGCUUGCGCAGGAGAUUGUUUCGCGGGGCCUGCCGAACCAGGGGGGGGUGAAAGUGCCCCGGGGCCAAAUGGAGUUGGUCAUUAAAGCGCUCAUAAACGCCGAGGAAAAGUGGACAGAGGCCGGCUUGCCCACCCCUACCCCCGGCCCCACCGAGCCCUCUCCCAAGCGCUCACCCGGCAGCGCCCUGAUUGCGGCUUCCUCAAAAGGCGACCUCGAAGCCGUAAAAGCCGGUGUUGAGUCGCUGCAGAAGAGCAAAAUCAAGCGGAAGUCGGACGUCGACACAGCGCUCUCCAGCGCCAGUCGCAACGGGCAUAAGGAGGUGGCCGCUUAUCUGCUGGAGCAGGGUGCGGAUGUGAACGCUUAUGACCCGGAUGGAGCGACGCCGUUGCUGGCGGCUGCGGAUGGGGGGUCAGCCGAGUGUGUCGAGCUGCUGAUGCGCGCGGGCGCGAUUGUGGAUGCCAAGGACCGGGUGGGCGUUAGCGCAUUGAUUGCGGCCUCCUAUAACGGACACGUGGACUGCGUCCGAAAGCUACUCAAGCAUGCAGCGGACGUCAACGCGCAGAGCCACGGGGGCGUCACGCCGCUGAUUGCGGCAGCGGAGGGGGGCAGCGAGAGCUGUGUACGGUUGCUGAUUCAGGCAGGGGGCGACUUGGAAGCCCGGACCGCCGAGGGGAAGACCGCCCUGAUGCACGCCGUGGGCCAGAAUAUCACGGCCGCCGUCGAAGCGCUCAUCUCUGCGGGUGCGGAGCUGGACGGAACGGACAACGAGGGGAGGACGGCGCUCCACCACGGCGCGAGGAAGCAGACGCCGGAGAGCUUGAAAGCGCUGCUCAAGGCCGGGGCGGAUGCCGCCCGCCGCUGCCGCCGGGGCCGCACGCCCCUGGACGAAGCAACCCCCCAGAGCGAAGCAGCCGCAAUCCUAAGCGAGCGGUGGAAGGAGCUCGAAGUGGAAGCUACCCAGAAGCAGGAACGGCUUCUAGACGAGCUUCACGAGUCGAGUGCGGCGACCGCAAACGAAGGAGGGGUGUCGAGAAGCGCCAGGAAGAAGAGGGGGAAGAAAGCGCGCCGGAGGGAGAAAGGGGGGCCGGGGCAGGGCGAGGUGAUUGGGGCCGGUUUUGGGGGAGAAGGAGACUUGGGUUUGGGAGAGAGUUUCGAGAAGGUUAGGGAAACCGGGCUGGAGAGCGAGCAAAGCGGGGUGACAAGCCUCGAGGCGACGGACGGAGAAGAGGAGCCGCCCGAUCCGGUCGGAAGCUCUCUCCUUCGGAGCGACGAGAACGGAACGGAUUUGGGAGGAAGCUUAGCGCCCGGGGAAGCAGAAGGCGUCGGUCGAAUAGGGGCGGAGAGCGGAAGCGCGUUGCGGUAUGUGGAUGUCCUCAGCCAGAGUGAAGCGUUGCAAAAGGGAGAGAAUCACGAUCACACAGACGAGACGACGGAAGAGUCAAUAAAGCGCUCGGAGGACGACUCCACAGUCCCCUCGGUUCGAGAACCGCUGGCCGACGAAGCGGUGGAAAUAAGCUCCUCGAGCGAGGGCGAGUGGGUCACGGUGACGUCACACCGGGCGCGGAAGCAGGCGGGGGCCGUAGGGGGAAGAGGCCACGUGGGUCGUUCCGCAGGCGAAACGACGCCAAGGAACGAGGCGAGUAAGGGGGUGCGAACGGAAGUCUCGUCCAAAACUGGGACAGGUAAUUGGAGCGGGGUUCCUGAUCGGCUCAACGCGCGGUCCGGUGAUGGGGUUGGAAGAGCGACUGAGGGACAGGUGCAGGGGAGCGGAGACGUCGCCGCUUUUGUCAGCAAGAUCAUCAGCAAGCAGGCGGCGAAGUCGCAAGCGGAGGAGAGAGUAGAACCGGAACGGGAACAAGUAGAACCGGAACGGAAACAGCUGCAGGAGCUUGAGCGAAGACUGGAGGAGAAGAGCGCAGAGCUCGCAGUGCGUGAGAAGCGGCUGUCGGAAAAGGAGGGGGGAGCAGCAGCGCCUGUGGAGCCACCCCCCCGGGACAAAGACAACCCCUGGCAGUUGCCACGUGGCAAAGGGGCCCCCAUUCCUGCAAAGGACGCCCCAGAAAACCCCCCGGAGAUCGUAUCGGGGCUGGAAGCGAGCAGUUCUCAGUCAGGAGGGGACGAUACUGAAGUCGAAGAGAAUGCAGACCCGGUAGCUCAGAGUUUGGUUCGACAGGGCCUCGAAGAGAAGGAUUCCGACCAGGAGAAUAAACCCGAAGUUGGCCCAGACUCGGCAGUCGCCGAGCUGCUUCGGCAGAGCCUCGAACAGAAAGACAGGGAGCUGCUUCUGGCAAGGCUGGAGAUAGCACGGCUUUUGAGUGUGUUGGCGGCAUUGAAGUCAACGCACGAGGAGGAGUUACGUCAGCAGAGAGUUGAGGCGCACGCGUCAGCGAUGGCGGCAGCGGCUGCCAGCUGGCAUGCAUGGGUUGCCCAGGGUUUGCCCAAACCCUUCCUUAACCCUGUGGGAGUUUUGCCGACAUCUUCCCCUAACCCCUCUAGCCCGGCGGAUGUGUUUGAGAUGCAGCGCGCAACCCCCCGGAGCAAAGCCGUCGGUUCCGAGCGUUCCCGUUCCGGGGGGCAGAUUGCCAGGACAAACAGUGCUGGGCGCCCCCCCCCAACGCUGCUCCGGGACCAGACUGCGUGGGCGGCCGCGCUGCCCCCCCUCCCCCUCUCCCGAGCGAAACAGGACUCGCUGCAAGAACCGCCGGACAGCGGAAACCCCGAGUGGUUGAAGGAAUCGUCGGAGAGCGGAAAACCGGAAUGGUUGAAGGAGGCCGCGGCAGCCGCGGCGGUUGCCGCCGCCGCAGUGAUGCGGGAAAAGGCUUUUGCGCAGCACUGGGGGGUCGAGCGCGCGCGUGCGCUGCUCCAGGGGGAGAAGGUGCCCCUGGUCGGGGUGUCCCCGGACCCCCCCCCGCUCGCGCCGCCCGCAACGCCCCCCCCGGAGAGCCUUUCCGGGGCGCCCUCUGUGGUUUCGAGUGGCUGGUCGAGCCGACCGACCACUGCGGAAGGGGGGGAUGAUAUUGGGCUCCCCCUAGAGACGGACCAGCUGUCGGAGAGCAGCGGGACCAGCAGCGUUCGGAGCGAGGGCUCGCUCCGGGGGGGUCAGUCCGUCCUAACGUUCAGACCCCCCUCCACGACCGUAGCGAGCCCGCAGCCACUUACACCCCCCCGAAGCGAGCUGCAAUCACGGGGACUGCCCCCCGUUAGCGCACCCCCAGGUUUUCCGGCCCUGAGAUUGAACCCCCUUACGCACUCUGCUUUGAGCUCUUCCACGGCCGGGCCCCCUCCAAGUGAGGUAUCCGUCUCAACAGCGAGCGAGUGGGUCUUUGACGCGGCGGCCGGCCGAAUGGUUCGCGGCAGCAGCGGGGGCGUUUCGGCGGGCCCCGUUUCGCCCGAGGAGCUCUUGAGCCAGGCCCCGAGACUCGGCCUCAGCGCGACCCUCGCCCGCAGCAGGGCCUACUCCAGCAGCAACGAUCUGGCCGGGCUGUCAUACCGGUCGUCUUUCGGCCCGGCGGGCAGCUUCGGUGCGACUGAAGGGAGCUAUGGCCGGUUCAAACCGCCUCAGAUAUUGCCUUUGACAUCACCGUCCACGUCUGUCUCGGACACAAGAGUUGGGUCUCCGCUUGGGGGCCGAUCUUCCGAGCUUCCCCAGUCGAGCGCAGAAACAGGUUACGUUGCUGGUUCUCUUGCCGGGGUUAAGCUGGGAGUCAAGCCCGGGUUAAGCCGCUGGGGUUCGGGGUUCCGGACGCUGUCCGGCAUGAUGCGGUCCGCAAGCGAAAGCCACCUGUCAGCGUUAAACAGCGACGGAGGAGUGCUGCCGUUCGCUAUAAAAACUCCGGUCGGAGGAGGGCAGGGCUGGUUUAGUCUGGUCCCGAGCCCCUCAGAAGGCUCCGAAGAAGCAAAGCAUGGGCCGGGGCGGGGUGCUGAAGUUUUGAUCUGAUGCAAGGUAUCACCGUACACAAGGUCGUUUGGACGCCACUUGCUAAAGAGGGCGGCAAAGUGAAUGAAGCGCAUAUAGGUCCAUGGUUGGACAAGGCAACCGCAGAGUCCGAAGUGUCCUACUGAAGAAUAGUAACGAUGACGUGCUGACAGGAGCCAAAUGCAAGGCAAUCCUGAAGUUCUACCCACCUUUAUAUGUAUGAGGUUUGCUUCGUUAGAGCAGCGGCCUCUCGCGCCCAAAAAACCACGACCGUGUAGGUUCAGGAAUUUGAACACACAGAACCAGGUAACAGAGGUAUUAAGACCGAUGCCAUGUUGGGCAGCUAGGACAUAUGUCAGUAGAUCAAAAUUUGAGGCGGGUCCGACAGUCUCGCAAUGAUUCUUAUACAAGUCCUGGCUUGCAAAGUGCACUACCACGUCUGUGACAAGUAUUUGAAAUGCGGAUAUCUAGUUGAAUU